AUGAAGACUGACACAGGCAUUAAAGAUACAUACAUGGACAUGUUUGUCAAGCAGAUCCUCAAGUGUGUCAAAGGCAUUCAUGUGGGAAUGGAUGGAUUUACUGACACUGUCAAUGCAAUUAUGCAAGGCCAUUCAGUGGAAGAAUUCAUGAGUCCUGUUUGGAGGAUCAAAGGCCUUGAUCCCCAUCAAGACACCCCUGUGGAAGUCCUGCAUCUCAUCUUACUCAGAUUCAUGAAGUAUUUCUGGCAUGAUGCCAUCUCCAGGAUGAAUGAUGAUCAAAAAGCAGAGCUCCAGGUUUGA